ACUUCAUCAACCCUACUUCUGCGUGCUUGAUCAUAUAUAGCACACAAAAGAUAAGUUCACCCACGAGCUGCAACAUGGCUAGUGCCAACAUUAUUAUCCUUGUUGUCUUGCUCUUCUCCUUGGUGCUCACGCUUCUGCUUCCCACUGCUGCCUGUGCUCGCCAUGCUCCAGCAGCUGCGGUGCUUAACGCAAAAGAUGGCCUCAACGACACCGGAGGACUACAUCAUGUGGUGGUCACUGACGCGGGGAAGGCUGGCCCUGUCACGAGCGACAGUGGCGGCUUCUGGCCGGGAACGGCUGAGGCGUGUGUGGCGUCAAGGCACCGGGGCGACACGGCCACCGUGAUGCAAGACAUGCUCGGGAUGGAUUACUCUCCGGCGGUGCGCAAGCCCCCGCGUCGCGCAGGCCCCCCGGCGCCGAGGUCUUUGAAAUAAAAGACUUGUUGCACAGGCACGCGUAACCGAGUUCUCCUGGUUUAAUUCUCCAUUCCAUAAUGUAGCGCACAUAGAUAUUUUACAAGAAUUAAACCUUACAAAAUUUGACCAAUUUUUUGGAGAAAACAUUUUUAUCUAGAAAACAAAACACAUAUUAUUAGAUUUACUAUAAGCAGUUCCAUAUUUUAUAUAUUUGGUAUUGUAGAUAUAAAUAGUUUCUCUUUAUAAACUUGGUCAAAGUUUGCAAUGUUUGGCUUUUCAAAAAAUCUAUACACAUUAUAUUUUAUAUGGAACAGAGCGAGUAUUUCGGUUGAUUGCUCAAAUCAACUGGUGUGUCCUCCUGUUCCUGCUGUGUUGAUUUUCACUUCACUCCUUUUCCUAUUUUUGAGUUGAGUGUGAUAUUGGUUUCUAAACUUGUGUGCUUUGGUUCAAUAAAAGAGCGUCAGCGUGCGAGCUGUGCACGUCGCGCCUUGUCGAGUGCAUGCCCGGUGUCGAGCAUGCUGGCACUAGGCGGUGUCCUAGUGUUGCAGCCGCUUGCGUCGUGCCCGAUUCUAGCUCUGGGAUGGCACUACUAGAAAAGAAUCAUGGUACCUAGCGAGUGGAUUGUAAUAGACCAUGACUCAUGCGGUAUCCUGGGUCUGUUUGAUCUUCUUUACUUGAGCUAUUUGUGCCGUGUGCCGGGAGUGAUUAUGAUUAUACCAUUUCAUCUACUUUUAAAUUAUUAGUUGUCAUUAAUUAUCAACUGGUACAAUUCUAGCAAUUAUCUUUUAUUUAUACUAGAAGUAAACCCAAACAUUAAUUAAGUUUGACUGAGUUUUUUGGGGGAAAUAUUAACAUCUAUAGUAGAAAAUCAA